AUGGCCAUCAUUGCAAGAUUUAAAGCCAAUGAAUGUGUUAACAGAGCUUUUGAGCACAUUUACGAAGGUCAGUCAUGGACUAUUUUGUUUUUGUAGGUAUUCGGUCACCAUAUAGUUGCGCAAACAUAUUAAAUUUCUGAAUGUUUUCUUAUCUUUAACACAGGAGGUCCACCUUUGCCUCCAGACGAAAUCUUAUCAAGUCAUAGUGUUGGCGGUUCGGCCGACGUCGCCGCAAUAAAGUGCUUUUCACUUUGUAAAAAUGUGGGAAAAUGUGUUGGAUUCAACGUCAAAGCAAGUUUGAAUGAUGAAAACUGCCAGUUUACUAACGUCACUAAAAGCAAAAAUAAAAAUACACCAAAGAAAGGGGAAUGGAAGUUGUUUCGCGAUUUUGAAGCGGUAUGUAAAAUAAACUUCUGAUUGUUAGAUAUUUAUAGAUUUUUGAAAAAUAUCUGCUAACAUGUGUCCAGUUUGGUAUAAAAUAUCAAUAUUUUAAAAGAUACGGGUCGGGCAGAUCAACCCAAUUCGAAGUCGUUCUCACCGAGUGCAUUAGUUCCGGGAAACCAAAUCAAAUUAAAUUGUUGCAAUAUGAUUCUUUAGCACAAAAACUAACGGCACAAAGUAAGAUAAGUACGGCCUCACACUUUUUCCGGGAGCAAUAUUUUGCUAAUCAAUCAAUUACUUUCAGUUCGUUUGAAGGAAACAAAAAUUCCAGCGUCGGUGGAAUUGCGUAG